GCGCGGCGGGCGUGACGUCACGCGCCGGCCCCGCCCGCCGCCCGCACCGGCCUGGCAGCGCGCGCCAUGGCUUCGGGGCCCGCGGACGCCGAGACCCGGCAGCGGCUGCUGCGCACCGUCAAGAAGGAGGUGAAGCAGAUCAUGGAGGAGGCCGUGACCCGCAAGUUCGUCCACGAAGACAGCAGCCACAUCAUCUCCUUCUGCGCGGCUGUGGAGGCCUGCGUCCUGCACGGGCUGCGGCGGCGGGCGGCCGGCUUCCUGCGCAGCAACAAGGUGGCUGCGCUCUUCAUGAAGGUGGGCCGGAGCUUCCCGCCCGCCGAGGAGCUGAGCCGCAAGGUCCAGGACCUGGAGCAGCUGCUGGAGAGCGCGCGAACUCAGAUCCAGGGCCUCCAGGAGAACGUGCGGAAGCUGCCGAAGCUGCCCAGCCUGUCCCCGCUCGCCAUCAAGCACCUGUGGAUCCGCACGGCGCUGUUCGAGAAGGUCCUGGACAAGAUCGUGCACUACCUGGUGGAGAACAGCAGUAAGUACUACGAGAAGGAGGCUCUCCUCAUGGACCCCGUGGACGGCCCCAUCCUGGCCUCCCUGCUGGUGGGGCCCUGCGCCCUGGAGUACACCAAGAUGAAGACGGCGGAUCACUUCUGGACGGACCCUUCGGCCGACGAGCUGGUGCAGAGACAUCGCAUCCACGGCUCCCACCUGCGGCAGGACUCGCCCACCAAGCGGCCGGCCCUCUGCAUCCAGAAGAGGCAUUCGAGCGGCAGCAUCGAGUCCCUCUCGGCGCGGGACUACGUGGAGUCCCUGCACCAGAACUCCAGGGCCACCCUGCUCUACGGCAAGAACAACGUCCUGGUGCAGCCCGUGAGCGCUCGGAGGGACGACAUGGAGGCUGUGCCCGGCUACCUGUCCCUGCACCAGACGGCUGAUGUCAUGACCUUGAAGUGGACGCCCAACCAGCUGAUGAACGGGUCUGUGGGGGACCUGGAAUAUGAGAAGAGCGUCUACUGGGACUACGCCAUGACCAUCCGCCUGGAGGAGAUCGUCUACCUGCACUGCCACCAGCAAGUGGACAGCGGCGGGACGGUGGUGUUGGUCAGCCAGGACGGCAUCCAGAGGCCGCCCUUCCGCUUCCCGAAGGGCGGCCACCUCCUGCAGUUCCUGUCCUGCCUGGAGAACGGGCUGCUCCCGCACGGGCAGCUGGACCCCCCGCUGUGGUCCCAGCGCGGGAAGGGCAAAGUAUUUCCCAAACUACGCAAACGAAGCCCCCAGGGUUCCGCCGAGUCCACGUCUUCGGACAAGGAAGAGGACGAGGCGACGGACUAUGUGUUCCGGAUCAUCUACCCCGGCCUGCAGUCCGAGUUUGUCCCACAGGACCUGAUGGACGUCUCCAUGCACAGCCUGCCCUCGCUGUGGCAGCCCGGGCCCCGGAAGUCCUCCUGCUCGUCCUGUUCGCAGAGUGGCCUGGCCGAUGGCGGCUCAGCCAAUGGCUGCAACCAUGAGAGGGCUCCCCUGAAGCUUCUCUGCGACAACAUGAAGUACCAGAUCCUUUCCAGAGCCUUCUACGGAUGGCUGGCCUACUGCAGACACCUGUCCACGGUGAGGACCCACCUCUCGGCCCUGGUCAACCACGCGAUCGUGUCCCCGGACUUGCCCUGUGACGCCGGGCACGGGCUGACGGCCAGGAUCUGGGAGCAGUACCUGGAGGACAGUGCGAGCUACGAGGAGCAGGAGCUGCGCCGCCUCAUCUACUACGGGGGCAUCCAGCCGGAGAUCCGCCGCGCCGUCUGGCCCUUCCUGUUGGGCCACUACCAGUUCGGAAUGACGGAAGCCGAGAGGAAGGAGGUGGACGAGCAGAUCCACGCCUGCUACGCGCAGACCAUGUCGGAGUGGCUGGGCUGCGAGGCCAUCGUGCGGCAGCGGGAGCGGGAGUCCCACGCGGCAGCCCUGGCCAAGUGCUCCUCGGGGGCCAGCCUGGACAGCCACCUGCAGCGCAUGAUGCACCGAGACUCCACCGUCAGCAACGAGUCCUCCCAGAGCUGCAGUUCUGGCCGCCAGAACGUCCGCCUGCAGAGUGAUUCCAGCAGCAGCACCCAGGUGUUCGAGUCGGUCGACGAGGCGGAGCAGGCGGAGGCCGAGGGCCGGCCGGAGGAGAAGCAGCCCCGGCUGCCCAACGGGAGCCUGGCCAACGGGCCCUGCUCGCCGGACUCGGGCCACCCCUCCUCCCACAACUUCUCGUCCGGCCUCUCGGAGCACUCGGAGCCCAGCCUGAGCGCCGAGGACAGCGUCCUGGACGCCCAGCGCGGCGCCGUGCCGGGGCUCCGGCCGGCGGACAGCAGCGGGGCGGAGGACGGGCCGAGCAGCGAGGCCACCACGUCCCGGGACGAGGCCCCCCGCGAGGAGCUGACCGUGCAGGACAGCCUCGAGAGCGACCUCCUCGCCAACGAGAGCCUGGACGAGUUCAUGUCCGUCCCCGGCAGCCUGGACGUGGCCACCCUGCCCGAGAAGGAGGGCUGGGCCGGCCGGGAGGCCGAGCGGCGCGGCCACGGCGACAGCGAGGACAGCCUGUCCGAGGAGCCCGAGAUGGAGAGCCUCUUCCCGGCCCUGGCCGCGCUGGCCAUCACCCCGCCGGCCCUCACCGAGACCUCGCCCGUGUCCUCCAGCGGCGUCACCUACUCCCCCGAGUUGCUGGACCUGUACACGGUGAACCUGCACCGCAUUGAGAAGGAUGUGCAGAGGUGUGACCGCAACUACUGGUACUUCACCCCCACCAACCUGGAGAAGCUUCGCAACAUUAUGUGCAGUUACAUCUGGCAGCACCUGGACGUCGGCUAUGUCCAGGGCAUGUGCGACCUCCUGGCUCCGCUGCUGGUCAUACUGGACGACGAGGCGCUUGCUUUCAGCUGCUUCACAGAGCUCAUGAAGAGGAUGAACCAGAACUUCCCCCACGGAGGUGCCAUGGACACCCACUUUGCCAACAUGAGGUCACUCAUCCAGAUCCUCGACUCCGAGCUCUUCGAGCUGAUGCAUCAGAACGGGGACUACACUCACUUCUACUUCUGCUACCGCUGGUUCCUGCUGGAUUUUAAGCGAGAACUGGUGUACGAUGACGUCUUCUCCGUCUGGGAGACCAUCUGGGCGGCCAAACACGUCUCGUCGGCCCACUACGUGCUGUUCAUCGCCCUGGCGCUGGUGGAGGUGUACCGCGACAUCAUCCUGGAGAACAACAUGGACUUCACCGACAUCAUCAAAUUCUUCAACGAGAUGGCCGAGCGGCACAACGCCAAGCAGGUCCUGAGGCUGGCCCGGGACCUCGUGUACAAGGUGCAGACGCUCAUCGAGAACAAGUGAGGCCCCGCCGGCCGCCCGCCGCCCGCCCCGCCCCUCACGUUCCCUCCCGGCCUCCCCCAGGCCGGGUGCUGGUGUGUGUUCACGCGCGUGGACUCCCGUGCCAAGGCCAGCCGCCGCCCCCCGCCCCACCACGACCGUUGGCCGCCCACCAAGGGCCAGUUUCCGCCUUACGUUUUCCUGUCUCACCAAAGAUGGCACAAGCCCGGGGUCCUCCACCCUCGUGGGACUUGGGGGGUGGGGGGGCCGAUGGACCGCAUUGUCGGGGGAGCCUCUGGGUUUGGGGUUCCCGGAACGACCGCCGCCUUUCUGUCCCUCCGGCUGCUCUCUGGGUCCAGCCGGGUGGGGCGGGGCGAGGAGUUUUGGGGGGAAACCGAGGCCAGAGAGAGGCCUGCGCGCCCGCUCCAGCCUUCAGGGGGGUUGAGGAGUGACGGUCCCAGCAGGAGGCGGGGACCUGCGAGAGGGUCUCAGUGGGGGUCCUCAGUGCUAUUGUAAAAUGGGGUUGGGCCCGGGUCGUGGGAUGUCAGAUCGCAUCCCUGGCGCCCACCCGCUAGCUAGGUGCCCGGAGCCCCCUCCACCCGCCCCAGUUGUGGCACCCGAAAUGUCUUAGUCCUCGCAAAAGGAGGGGGAGGGCAGGCUGGCCCAGGUGAGGGGUGCUGGCUGGCCCGGAGCAGGGCAGGGGUGCUGUGGGAUCCCCUCCCCCACCCUGUGCCCUCGACACCUCCCCCCUCCCGACCAUCAGAGGAGGCGCGCUGCACACCGGGCCCCCCCGCCUCUCCUGGCUUAGGGGGUCUCUCUGUGCUCCAGCCCCCGCCAGGAGAAACUCCUCCUGUUUCCAGGGACGGUGCCUCUGGCAGGGCCAAAGGGAGCCAGAAAGCAACCAGCUGCGCCUGCCCAGGGACCCCCUGACACACACACUGCCCCCCCAGCCCCCAGCCUCUUGCUCAGAAGGCGUUGUCUUUCCCGCCCCCCCCCACCCCCGGGGCCAAGCACGCCUGAGGUGGGGAGGUGUGUGUCGGGUAGAGUCCCUUACGCAGUGCGGGUGGCGGGGAACCUGCCCCUCCGUUGCCCGUGUCCGUCAGGGACAGUGACGAUGAGGAGGGCAGGUCACCCGGGGCGGGAUCCUGGCACCAGGGUGCUGCUGGGGUCGGCACACAGCCCCCUCCCCGUCCUCACACCAGCCGCCAGGAGUCGGCCAGCAGACCAGGCCGGCAGUCGUCUGUCAUCCCUGGGGGCUGUGUCCCCAACUCGGCUCUGAGGAGGCCCAGGGCAGGGGUGUGGGAGGGGGCAGGAAUGCCCUCCCCAGAGAGGACAGGGCUUUCGAGAGGGGCUGAUGCCCAAGCAGCACUUUGAAGCAUGAGUCCUGCAGGGGGUCGAGAAACCCACCCCGCCUGCUGGCUGGCGUCCCCCCACGGGCCCCGCGCUGCCCGCUGUCCCCACGGGGGCCUCAGUCACAGGCGGGAUGGACGUGGUGACCGGGAUGGCCCGUGCCCGCACAGAGUGCCCCUUGCAGGUCGCCCUCCUCUCCCCGCCCCUCCCGCCCCUUCCCACGGAAACAGUCUGCAAACAGCCCCUCACCCGGCUGUCACCAUGGCAAUGCCCAGGUCCCGGGCCGGGUGGCUCCCGGCGACCCGGUCAGCAGGCUGGUCCCAAAGCACAGCCCCCCUCGCCCGUGCCCUCCUGUCCAGAGAUGCGUCGCGGUCGUGAUUUGGAACAGCUCGUACUCCCGUGGCUUUCCGUGCUGCUUCCGGUCUCGUACGUCUGUGUCCUCGUGUCCUGGAGCCGCCGAGCGUGUCCGUGGCGGGGGUGGGGGGUCCUGUCUGUGGAACACCCUCCUCCUCCUCUCAGUGUUACCAGCAUCUCUUCUGUUGACCACAGAGUUGUGUCUAUCUAGAGAGAAAGAAUAUAUAUAUAUAUCUAUAUUAAAAAGCAGACGUGUGUA